CACCACCCCUUCACAAUCACCAUCGCCACCACCAACUACCAGCACCAUCACUCCCACAGCGUUAUCACCACCACCACCAUCACCAACUACCACCACCUCCGCCUGUCACUGUAUUUAUUGCCAUCAAGACUGUACUGCAAUCGCCCCAGGAAGCACCUUCCAUGUAUGUACUGACAGCAGCCUUGUCCUGCCCCACCCCAGCAGCUCUGUCACCGUGGGCCACGCUGCUGUUGUAGUAGCUGAUCUAGGAUCCUUAUUCCCAGCUUCCCCCGCCCUCGCCCCUACCCCCCUUUUUUUCAAGACAGUGUUUCUCUGCGAAACAAUCCUGGCUGUCCUGGAACUCACUCUGUAGACCAGGCUGGCCUCGCAUUCUCUGAGAUCCGCCUGCGUCUACCUCUGAGUGCUGGGAUGAAGAGGCGUGCGCGUGCCCCACCGCCGCUGGGCUCCAGCUUCCCUUUUCCACCCAGGGUCUUGUGGCACCUACUUCCGCUGUCGGAAUAGCAGGUGUGUGCCCUGGAGCCUGCUGUGUGACGACUGGGACAUGGACAACUGUGGUGACGGCAGUGACCAGGACUCUCAACCCCCAGCCAGCUGCAGAGGUCCCUCUCUGGUACCCAAGCAGACCCUGAGAAUGGAAGAUGACAGUUCCAAGCCUCGGACUCUCCUCGUGGCCCUUGGCUCUGCAGCAGAGAGGACCUCUCCAGCAAGCCCGGCAUCCACCACACAGGAGGUGUCGGAAGGCGCCUGGAUCUGGUGGGUGGCUCUGGCCUCCUCGAUGCUAUUGGCCUCCACUGGCCUCCUCUGGUGGUACUGCUGCUGCCCAGGUUGGCUGGUCUGGCACCCAGGUGCCCACAGGCUCGGCCACAGAUGCUGCACAGCCUACAAUACUUGCCACCUAUGUCCUGGCCGGGUGGCUCCUGGGGAUCUGUGGCUGAACUGGCCAGCUUUCCAGAACCAGAGAGGCCAUCCUUAGGGGGCUUAGGUAUCAGAUGCGCAGGCUCUGGGGUCUGACAAGCCUGAGCUUUAAGCUCUGUUGGCUGGCUCACUUGGAACAGGUCACUCAGUUCUUUGAGCCUCAGUUUGCCUCUCUGGGAAAUGGGCCAAGUCUUGUUUCCCAAAUGGGGGAAAGGUUGCAGAAAGCAGAAUAAUUAGACUUGCUUUGCUCUGAGUUAUUCCUUAUUGUCCAGCACAGCAGCGUCCACGCUGGGCCUUGCUCCCAGUGAAUCCGUUUUAGAAAACAGCAGCUGGCUGCAUUUGAAGCGCAGCCAUUGAGGCAGACGGACUAAACAGAUGCUGUAGCAGGAACAGUGAGGCCCAGUCAGGUAAAUAACAGACUAAAUAUCACCACCUAUGACCAUGUCAGAUUAAAUCAGAACACACUGACGCGAGGGCGGGGGUGGGGGGGGAAGCCCGUCUAUCCAGGUCUGGGGGUGUAGCACAGUACAGUGCUCACCUAGCAU